CCGCCCGCCCCCCAGCUUCGCCCUUCCGCCAUGCCAAAGCGCGCGGCGCAGCGCCCCAAGCCGAAGCCCAAAGCCAAGCCGCGGGCUGCGCGGGCCGCAAAGCGGCCCGCCGCCUUAAAGCGGCCCGCGGCCAAGACGCGGAGGAAGGCGACGCCGCGGCCGCAGAGGUCCUGGUUCCAGCGCUGGGCGCCCACUUGGCCCUGGAGCCGUAUGGCCUUCCUGCCGCACCACAUGCGGCUCCUCGCCUGCGCGGAGAGCAAGAACCCGGGCGCGGAGGCCCUGCGCCUUGCGCUGAGCUAUGCAGGGCUGAGCUACGAGGAGCGGCGUUUGAGCCCCGAGGAGUGCCAGCAGAUGCUGCUGCGGGGCGAGCUGCCGCCGCUGCCGGUGCUGGUAGUGGACGGCCAGUUCCAACUCUCGCAGGUGAAUGCGAUCCUGCGGUACGUGGCCAAGUUGUCCCACGGCAGCUGCGGCCUCUACCCUGAGGAUCCAGUCAAGUCGGCCUGCGUGGACGCGGUCAUGGAUGACUGCGCCGAGAUGUCCGCCACCUUCGCCUGCCUGCAGCAGCCGGAGCGCUUGGGCUUGGGCCUGGAGGCUUGCGUGGAGAGGGCCCAGCAGAGCGCCAAGGACACCGUGGCACCGAGGUACCUGGACCACUUCGAGCGGGCGCUGCGAGAAGCGCCCUAUGGGUGGGUGGCCAAGACCAAGUACCCCUCCAUCGCCGACUUCGCGGUGGCCUGCCACCUGCGCCAGCUCUUUGGUCUGCCGUUGCUGAAGGGCCUCGACAUGUCGCGAUAUCCGCAGAUCAUGGCGCACAUCGACAAGGUGAUCCACUUGGACUUCCAGCACGCGGCGGGAUGAGGUCCGUCGGAUCUAUGGCGCCAGAGGGCCGCUGGAUCCGCAGAUGCCAAGCAA